GCCAUGAUGUAUUAGAGCUAGUGUAUAGAGUAAAUAAAAUGGUUGAAUAACUUUUAAAAUUCGGGAAAUUCUCUCAAUAUAUGUAAAGUUUCCACUUGUAAAUAUUUAAUGUCAUUGAUGAAUAUCCUAGACAACAGAUAAUGUUUCCAACAACAUAAAUAUUUGAAUUCAUCAUACAACUAAAAUGACAUGGGAUCCAGAUAUUCUCAAUUUAUGGAGGUUAAAUAUUUUUAGAUGAAUGAUUCGAAAGUAAAUGAAAAGUGAUUGAGUGAAACAACGAAUAUUUCACAACUUAAUUUACACAGUUUAAGACACAGAAGAACGGUUAAAACUUCGAUAUCGGUCCAAAAGCUUUGUAAACAUUUACAAAUUUGACUGUUACAUGAUACUCUGCCGAAGAUGAAUGCAUCAGAAAUCGAAAAUGAAACAAUAAACCUUUUAGAAACAUCAGAACAUCUGAAUGCUCGAUACGCUUGGGAGCUAUUACCCCUUUCUAUAUUACUUGGGUUGAUAGCAGUGUUUGGUGUCAUGGGAAAUAUUCUUACUUUAGUUGUAUUUUUGUUGAGUAAGGAUUAUCGUGGAAACACUUUUAGAGUUUUUGUAAUUGCACUUGCUGUAAUUGACUUGAUUACAUGCUUGACGUUGUUUCCAAUUGAAAUUUUAACUCACAGAUUUUUCUUUGCAUUUACAGAUGUCAUAUUGUGUAAGGCAAAAUGUUUUAUUGCAGUAUUUAGUGCUUCUGCGUCUUCAUUUAUUCUUCUAUUAAUAUCUGCUGAUAGAUUUAGGAAGGCUAUGUUUCCAUUAAAGAAACAGCUUACACCUUCUAAAAGUAUUAAACUAUCAUUAUUGGCUGCAAUCAUAGGGCCAGUAAUUUUAUCUUUUCCUACAAUAGUGAUAUGUGGGGUCUAUUCAACUCGUAAACGUAAUUCAUUUGGACAGGAAAUAGAAGUUAAUGUUUGUGAAACGGAAGAGAAAUAUAAAACUUCAACAUUAAGAACAAUUUACAAAUUAGUUUUAUUGAUAUUACAAAUUGGAAUUUCAAUUAUUUAUAUCAUUUUAUAUCCAUUUGUUAUGAGAGAAGCGUUGAGACAUAAACAAUUGGACAGAUCUAUAAAACAUUUGAAAUCUUCACAUACAGAAUCGGAUAAAUCAAGAAGUAUAGAAAUAAAGAGGAUAGCAGAACUUAAAGCUGAUUCUUGUGUCAGUUCAAGAGAUGUGUCAGUUAUAACAUUAGCAAAUAGGGAGCAAAAAGAGGACUAUAUAGAACCUGCAGAAACAAAUAAUGUUAUAGAUAAAAAUGGUUCUAAAACUGGAAGUCAGUUUUUCAUAUUAUCACAAAAAGCAAAGAUUCCAGCUAAAACAUUAGUUUGGUUUUUGUUAACUGUUGUUUUCAUAGCGACUUUUAUGGCACAUUUAUUGCUUACUCUAAACAUUUCGGACACUGUUGACAUGUCAAGUAAGGAGUUAUUUUGGUUUUUGUUUUCUUACAGAUUGUAUUUUCUUAAUCAUGUGAUAAAUCCACUGGUCUAUGCAGUAUUUCUCAAAAGUUUUAGGGCAUCAUGUAGACAUGUCUUUUCAAGAAAAAAAUGAUGUUUUAUUCAAAAUAAAAAAAAACAGAUUUGUUUUAUUAAAUUUUAAAAAGUUUCACUUUAUCAUAAAUAAAAUGGAUUAUACCACUG